UUGGCAGUUCUGCGAUCGGCCACGGCUGACCGCCGUAUCUCUCUGUCGGUACGGAGUACGGAUACCUACUAGAGACACGUAUACAUGGCGCUGGAAAGGGACCGAGGAACGCAGACAACAAACGAUAAACGACAAGCGACGACGCCAAUGCCAAUGCCAAUGCCUGACAGCAUCUUGGUCCGCCACGGACGUGGGAAGCAAAGGAUACGGCCAGCCUCGACUGAUGCCCCUGUGCUCUCGUUGAGUGCGCCGCCAAUCUGUUCACCCACCCGACCUCCUCACAUCCUCUCACCUGUCGCCCUCCAGCCGACAGGAUCAGGAUUGGCCAGCCAAGAAAAGCUGGUGAUGCACACCACCAAGUCCCUGACGGCACACCCUCGCCCAGUCCCUUGUCACUCCGUCCCACACCCCCCGACUCUCGAGUCUUCCCCUACUCCCAAGGGCCCGAAUCCCCCAUUCAUCCCUAGUGUGCAAAGGGACCUUCACCAGGUAUCCUUGACUGCCCCCCAACUUGGCCCAUCCCGGCCCAGCCUAUCCCAUCGCCCAUCUCAUCCUAGAGCCACUAGGAGGGCGGCGGUAUGCUCACCAGAGACCUGCCUCUAUCUGCGUCUACUCGGCGGUGCAGCUUAUUACUUCCACCCACUCCUCCGCGGUAUCUAGACCAGGCUCCGUUCCGUGUUCUCCUUCCACCACAUUCGACAUCUGUUCACCUUUUCUACUUCGCCAUCCAGUCGGUCCAGAGGUUGAGGUUCACAAGAUUCGGAAGCGUUUCUCGUUCGCUUAUACCGUGGCCGAGACGGUUAUACCGAGUACACUCGCCUUCAUCACCGCUUCCAUUCACACCCGGAUCCGGCCCGCUUCAUGUCGCACCGUUCGUCCCUUCGCAAUCGCAAAGUUCAUGCAUCAGACGCAA